GGGCGAUCUCUCUCUCUCUCUCUCUCUCACACACACACACACACACACACACACACGCGCGCACACACGCUCACACAGACAGUUGGUCAUACAAGCGGAGGAGCACCGGCUAUGGCGACGAUCAAAGCAGCUGAAGGAUUUAGAGCCGAGGUGGAUGCGGAAGCGCUGCAAGAUGCGUUGCACGCACUGAAGGACGAGUACCAAAAGGGUGUUUCGAUGUUGAUCAAUCUCGGCACGUCACGCUCAGCGCACCAGCGUUAUUCCAUCGUCGAUGUUCACCAGAAGGUUUACGGUACCUUUGCACCCGAUGAGAUAAAGAAGAAGGUGAAGGGAUGGACUGGCCAUGGGCUCUGGGCUCUUUACAUGCCAGCUGCAAAGCGAGAUGCCACCUGGCUGCACGAGGCCAUGGUAGGCCUGGGCACUGAUGAAGCAACGAUUGCGGAGAUCGUCUGCACUCGGACGUCAGCGCAGCUCAAGGUCAUCAGUGAGGGAUACAAACAGUUGUAUAACAAGGACCUGGUGGGUGACAUUGAGGGGGAAACGAGCGGGUAUCUUCGCAAGUUGCUUGCUGCGCUGCUGACCGUCACGCGCGAGACGGGAAACGCCAACAGAGAGAGAGCGAGCGCACUUGCACAGGAACUUUAUGAUGCUGGGGAAGGGAAGUGGGGGACGGACGAGUCGAAGUUCAUCGACAUCUUGACCCGAGAGAGCGCACCGAUGCUUCGCGAGGUCUUCUCGUCGUACUUGACUAAGUUCCAUAAGUCCAUCAUCGACAUCAUCAAGGCAGAAUUCGGUGGACAUUUGCAGGCAACGUUAAUCGUCCUGGUUCGAGGUAUCUUGGAUCCCACUCACUACUUUGCGGAUAGGAUUUCGCAGGCGGUUGAAGGACUCGGCACCGAUGAGGCAGCACUCAUUCGGUGCAUCAUUGCUCGAGCAGACAUUGACCUGGAGAGGAUCAAAACAGCUUUCGCGGCCAAGUACAAGAAGGAGCUAGCAAUUAGAGUGAACGAAGACAUCGGUGGGGACUUCCAAGAACUCUUCCACGCUGUCAUUAGGUAAUGUGUGUGUGUGCAAUGGAAAGCACGAGCGAGGAAAGGUGUGUCGCCCGUCCCAUCAGUUGGAGUAGUGAGCGCACGUACCUGGUGGUAGGGACAGCCUGCAGGAGCCGGAAUCCUCAUAUGCCUGAAAUCUGUUGUUGGUGCUUACUGGCUGUUGUUGCUGUAAGCUGGGACUCUGGACAGACCGCGGUGUUGGGGACUUACCUGCGGAUCGGUGUGUGCGCGCGGGAACUUGAAGGGGGCGGCGAAGUAGCAGUGCAUGCUCCUACCUACCAGCCGUGCGCUACCUGCUCAGCCAGUAACUAUGGAGUAAAGUUUGACGAACUAA